GAAAAACUAAAUUAUCCCCACCAUUUGUGAAGUAUCGCCUCCUUCGUCACGUCCUCGUCUUCUUCCAUCGUCUUCUUCAACAUCGGCUCAAUCGUCUUCUUCCACCGGCCUCCAUCGCCUCCCAUCGCCUCCUCUCAUCUGCAAUCGAUUGUGUGGUUCUUCCAUUAUUAUGUUCAUUUCUAAAUUUUCGAGACUCGGAGCUCAGGCAUACAAGGGAUUAUCAAAAGCCCCACUUACAAUUCCAUCAAAAAAGUCAAAUUUCCCUAUAGUGAAUGACUAUCUGGAGCCCUUGAGUCAUAAGUUGUUCUGUACUACAUCCCCUGGCAAUUCACAAGGAGAGAAUGAAGAAAACCAAAAAAUCUCAGUGACAUUCUUUGACAAAGAUGGAGAGCAGGAGAUCAAGGUUCCGAUUGGAAUGUCAAUGUUGGAAGCUGCCCAUGAGAAUGACAUAGAGCUUGAAGGAGCAUGUGAAGGGUCACUUGCUUGUUCCACCUGUCAUGUGAUUGUGAUGGAUGUGGAACAGUACAACAAGCUCGAGGACCCUACGGACGAAGAGAACGAUAUGCUAGAUCUUGCUUUUGGGCUGACCGAAACGUCUCGGCUUGGUUGUCAAGUAAUUGCAAAACCUGAACUUGAUGGGCUUCGUCUCGCCCUCCCUGCCGCUACUCGAAAUUUUGCUGUUGAUGGAUACAAACCAAAACCACACUAGAGGAAGGUUUUUGCCCGGGGAACCAUUUUUGCAGCAUUAUUUGCAUUCAACUGGAUCUUAUAUGUGUGUGUAUAUAUAUAUAUAUACACACACUAGGUUCGAACCUGUGUAUUACAUGGGGUAUUUUAAAUGAGCAAAAUGAGUUGAGACUUUUACUCAGGUCUAAAAGAAAACUUUGAACAUUAACUCUGAAACACAAGAAUUCAGAAUUAUAUUGUUAGGCUGAAAAAUAACUCUUGACUUAACUCUGAAUAAGAGGAAUUUAGAGUUGUUUAUAAGUCUAGAAAGUAUCUAUAAGCAUAAU